AUGGACGUCGCCUACGACUACAUCCAGGAGGAGAGCUUCCCCGACGACGAUCAGCACCCCAAGGACGCGCCCAAGCCGGAAGCAGCACCGCCGCAAAACAGCUUCAACAACGAGGUCCAAGAGGCAUACAAAGCCAUCUCCAGCAGUCCAUGGGCGGCACGGAUCGGGGGAUUCUGGGGCACGGUCAAGAAACAGGGCGAGAGCUACUAUGAGACGGCGCGGCAGCAGUCGACGCCCGCGCUGGAGCAAGCCAGCAAGGGCCUGACGGACCUGCGCUCGACGCUGACGACGCACGCGCGCAACAUCUCGACGAACCUGCCGCAGCUGCCAGCCGAGGGCGGCGGGGAGGCCAGCAGCGCCGCAACCAGCACGCGCACCAUCACCGACAAAGACGGCAACACGAUCGAAGUGAGCGCGGCAGCGACGGUGCCCGAGAACCCCACCACGGCGCACGCGGAGCGCUCCGAGAACCUGUCGGCCGACAUAGUCAAGGAGGCCGAGGGCAUGCUGUCGCUGCUGCGGUUCGAGGGCGCCAAGCGGCUCAAGGACAUCCAGAAGGCCGAGGACGCCGCCGACGAGGCCCUCCUCAAAUUCGGCACCAACAUCCGCGAUUUCCUGCGCGACGCGGUGACGAUCACGGGGCCGGGCAGCGAGGGAGCGGGCGGGGCCGACGCGGCGGGGCAGUCCAGCAAGGUGCUUUUCGAGAGCAAGGACGUCGACGGCAAGCGCGUCAUCCAUACCACGCGCUUCGAUGCCCAGCUGCACGUCAUCCACAGCUCGCUCGACAGUUUCGUGCAUGACCCCGAGAGCCCGGAAUGGGCCAAGUGGGCCGCUGAGUUUGAUAUCGACAAGAAGACGGCCGAUAUUGCUAAGGAUCUGGAAAAGUACAAGGAGCUGCGUCGCGCUAUGGAAGCCUUGGUCCCCGAGAAGGUCGAGUACACGCCUUUCUGGACGCGCUACUAUUUCCUGCGCCACGUCAUCGAGAGCGAGGAGCAGCGCCGGAGGGAGAUGCUCAAAGCCUCCGCAACAGCAACAACCGAAAACGAGCCCUCCUGGGACGACGACUCGGACGCCGAAGCCGAAACCCCAAACGCAGGUGCAAACGCAGGCACAGACAGCACCUCGAAGCCCGCAACGCCCAACCCGCUCGCCGCAUCCAAAGAGACGCUCAAACCCGCCGCGCCCGCCGAAAAGCCCAAAAACGCCACCGACGCCCUCCGCGAACACGACCUGCACUCCCAGCCCGACAGCGACGCCAGCUACGACCUUGUUAGCGGCGCGACGAGCCGGGCGCCUGGGAGUCCGGGGGAGGAGAAAAAGAGGGUCGAUGUUGAGGCGAAGGGGCAGGUCGAGGAGAGCGAUGAGGAGGAUUGGGAGUAG